CAACAAUCAAUACUUCCACUCCCGCUUCCUAAGAACACGUGACAUACUCGAAUUCAAUACACUGCCUCAAAUACCACAUUUCCACUUCAUGUUCAAAAGAAUGACUAGGAGUUCCUUCGGAACUUACUUGUCAGAGUCAGUUAUACUGCAUUUAUUAAUUUCUCUUCAUCUAUAUGCAAUAUAUUUGCUGUCACCUGCAAAUGCUGUAGAGAUCACAUUUUGCCCCGAUCUCGUUCCCGAAGUUUUGUCAAUCGAAAAGUUGGAGUACACCAAUUACUUGUUUGGAACCGAGUACAACACGCUUGAAACUUUGCUGUCCACCUCAGUGAUUGAUACCUUCGCCACUGUCUACACACGACAGUGUAUUCGAAAGUGUCAGCCGAACGAAAUGUGCCGAUAUCGAGCGCGUGAGGAAUUUCUUCGGCAACUCCAGGAUCAUGGUCGUGGAUCCAGUGUGUUCGCACAACAAAUGGCGCAAGAACAUGGCAACUACAGCGCCUACAAGAAUCGCGAAAUCUCCUACUACACUCCAUCUAUGGGGUCAAUGUUUGCCACCAGUUGUGUGACGAUUUGCCAUGCAAUCUUUUCGGUAGUAAAAAACUUGGGAACUUUCGAAUGUUUGUGUAGGAAUCCGUGCAAACUUCAAACAAGUUGUCGAAUUACACAUUGCAUGCCGCUGGGCAUCUUUGCGCACCAGUACCAGUGCUUUUGCCCCGACGAUCAGCAGUGGAAUACAGAGCUACUCCUAUGUGUGGAUCAGAAGCUAACUUGGCUACGUACGAAUGAAGUCGUGCGCAAAGAGUUUGGUGAACGCGAUACAUGCGAUGAGCGAGAGGGAUGUUACGGACCUGGUACACUGUUUUGCACCUACGUCUCCAACCAAAAAACUACCAAGUGCGUGUGUAAACCACACUUCUACGGGUCAAAAUGUCAACAUCCAGUGGACGCUUGCGAAACGCAUGUUCGUCAUCCAUAUCUGCCCAACGGGGGUCCCAUGAUUGCUGGCCACAAGGCGUGUAACGUGAAUUACCCCGGUAAUUGGUGUCGCUCGUACACCAGUUCCGAGGGUGAUGUGUAUUAUCGUUGCAAGUGCAAUGGACAACCGUGGAUCCCAAACCCAGCUUUGCCGUACGAUAAUUGUUUGUUCAAGCGGACCAUUUGUGAAUCCCUGGUAUGCCUGUACGGAAAAUGUGUGACACACGAAACGGGCACCCAAGCUCACUGCCUUUGCCUGCCGGGCUACACUGGGUCUGCCUGCAGCCGGUGGGUCGGUGAAUGGACACAGUGGUCUCCGUGGGACAAAUGUCGCCCGAGCUGUGGCACAGUCCGAUACAGCGUGCGCACUCGUGACUGUCCGUCCCUGAUGCCUAACGUGUCUCGGAAGAUGGAAUGUCACGGUCAUUCAGUGGAAUACGCCAUAUGUAAUGAACAUCCGUGUACACGGCUUGAAGGAUCCUACGUUGCAAGCUACUUUGCCAUACGUCAAGACGCCGUCGCCGCCACUAUCGCUAAUGCCUCCAUCGCUUGCGCGGUGAUAUCAAUUAUUUGGCUCUUUUUCUUCUGGAGUGUGCUCAGCCGGGUGAUCCGAACACUAAUUUUCCGACUUCAGCGCAGUCUAGAUCAAAAACGGGCGGACGAAGACAGACGCGCUUGUCCCACCGUACUUUUGGCUCACCACACAAUGAGUGGAUGAACAACUCCGGAUAACAAGCACCAUGUGACUUUACGUAACAUUUCUAAGUGACAGUCAUAGACAUUAUGUGGAUCUAAAUGUAAUAACGUCAUUUGUAUUUUAAUAACUCUUUACUCAACACUGCAUUUUACCCAUGCG